AUGCAUUUCAAGAUCGUUGUGGGUAGCAAAAACAACACAACAACAAGACCAUAUCAGCACGACCAACAACAAGACCAUUUAAAGCAAUUAUAUAGCAAACCUACUAAUUCACACUUGCAUCUUCAUGCUACAUCAUGCCAUAAUGAAUCAUCUAUUAAAGGCAUUCCUAAAGGUGUGGCAUUGAGACUUCGACGAAUAUGUAGUAGUGACGGAAAUUAUCAGAAAAAGGCUAAGAAAUACACAUCGUAUCUCAAACAAAGGGGCCACAAGAGUAAAUGUGUGGAUCAUUCAUUUCUCAAUAAUCAACCGCAAUUUACCAUUCUACAACAACAACCUGAGCUUAACAAACGUUUUCCUAAAGGCUCAAUACUAGUGGCGAAUAAAAGGGAACGAAACCUGAGAGAUCUUUUACUACGUAGUGAUCCAUACAAUAUGAAACCUGAUCUUACCACAAAUACGUCAUCUGGUUAUAUAAAGUGCAACAAAAAUUGUGAUUCUUACAAAAAUUAUGUUGAUGAAACAUCUUGUAUAACAUCAUUUGCAACAAGGAAUACAUUUAAAAUUAGACGGAGCAGCACUUGCACCACAAGUAAUGUUGUGUAUGUUGCAUUCUGUAAAAAUUGCGGUAAGCAAGGAGUUGGUUCAACUAUACCUUGGAAAUCAAGACUGGCAAAUUACAAAUCGCAUAUAAAAAAGAAGGUGCCAUCCUGUAGAAUAGUAAACAGUGGUAGAAAUAAGAUUAUUACUCAACUUUAAUUGUAGAUCCAAGAAACACAAGUCAUUACGCCCUAUUUUCCGAAUGAAUGGAAAGAAAUAUAAAAUAAUAUUUUUUCAUAAUUAGCAGAUACUUUGACUUGAUUUCAGAUGACUUUUUUUUAAUUUUAAAACUAUUUACUAUCAACAAUGUUAUGCAGCU